AUGGCCGAGACGGAGCCAAUCGUCACACAAGGCAUCGAGCCCUCAUCCGGCGAAUCACACUCACCACCCGGCGACCGCCAUAUCACAGCAACAUGGGGAUCGAAGGACGGAAACAUCUCCAAUGCAGAAUGGAACGAUGCGGAAGCCAACAAGCUGCCUGAGAAGGUAGCUGAUUUAGAGAAGAAGGGCGAGAUCAACGAUCAACAUCCACGGAAGAAGAUCGUGGUUGUUGGAUUGGGUAUGGUGGGCAUAGCGUUCAUCGAGAAACUCAUGAAGUAUGACGUUAAGCGGAGAGAGUAUGAUGUUGUAGUUAUUGGCGAGGAACCACAUCUUGCGUACAACCGGGUCGGUUUGACAAGCUUUUUCCAACAUCGGCAAGUUGAGAACUUAUAUCUCAACCCCAAGGAAUGGUAUGCGUCGAUGCCAGAAGGUUCAUUGAACUAUCACCUCAACACCCUCGUUACCGAGAUCGACUCCGCCGGAAAGAACGUCAAGACUUCAUCCGGCGAAACAGUACCCUACGAUAUCUUGGUACUAGCAACAGGAUCCGACGCCCUUCUUCCUCGACAUACACCCGGCCACGACGCAAACGGUGUUUUCGUAUACCGCACAAUAGAGGACCUUCAAAGACUGAUUGAAUUCUCCUCCACAAGGAAAGGUACUACAGGCACGGUCGUAGGUGGUGGUCUACUAGGUUUGGAAGCUGCACAUGCAAUGAUGGACCUUGAAGACUUCGCAAAAGUGAAGCUCAUUGAGCGGAAUCGAUGGGUCUUGUCAAGACAACUGGAUGGGGAUGCUGGUGGUAUGGUUGUUGAGCAGGUCCGAGCUCUAGGCCUGGACGUUAUGUUAAGCAAGAGAGUGGGCAAGAUCUUGACCACAGAGGAUAACUUCGUCAAGGGAGUUGUCUUUGAGGAUGGUGACGAGAUGGAGUGCUCUUGUAUAUGCUUUGCGAUUGGUAUCAAAUCACGAGACGAGCUCGCCCGUAAAGCAGGCAUCAAAUGUGCUGAUCGAGGAGGUGGCAUUGUGGUCGGACCCGACCUAGCAACCUCGCAAACUGACAUCUACGCUGUAGGCGAAUGUGCCAGUUGGGAGAACCAAACGUUCGGCCUCAUCGCUCCCGGUGUUGAGAUGGCAGACGUCCUGGCCUUCAAUCUCACUCAAGCGAAAGCGCACGCGCCCCGGAAAUUCAAAGCUCCCGACCUUAGCACUAAGCUCAAGUUGCUUGGUGUUGAAGUGGCAAGUUUCGGUGACUUCUUCGCAGACCGCGAUGGGCCGAAGAAUAUGCCUGGACGGCAACGAGCCGAGAAAAAGGAGACCAACGGAGCCACGCCGAGAGAUCGCGUCAAGAACCUGACGGAUGGGCCGGCACCACCACCUGUCAAGGCGCUGACCUACAAGGACCCGUUCCAGCAGGUGUACAAAAAAUAUCUGUUUACCAUGGACGGGAAAUACUUGUUGGGUGGCAUGAUGAUCGGUGAUACGAAAGACUACAUCAAGCUCGUGCCGCUGGUGAAGAACCAGAAGCAGCUGGAGAUGGCGCCAAGCGAGCUUAUCGUGGGUGCACAGAAGGGCGAUGAUGACGGUUCAGAUCUAUCUGGCGACACACAGAUUUGCUCAUGCCACAACGUCACCAAAGACGAUGUAGUCAAUGCUACCAAGGACGGAACAUGCAAAAGCAUCGGCGACGUCAAGUCAUGCACCAAAGCCGGCACCGGAUGUGGAGGUUGCAUGCCACUUGUGCAAACAAUCUUCAACAAGACCAUGGCUUCUAUGGGUAACGAGGUCAAGAACCAUCUUUGCCCACACUUCGAGUACUCCCGCGCCGAUCUCUUCAACAUCAUCUAUGUGAAGGGCUUGAAAGACUUUGCCGCUGUCAUGAAGGAAGCCGGAAAGGAUCCGAAUUCCCUGGGCUGCGAGGCCUGCAAGCCGACUAUUGGAAACAUUGUCGCUUCGCUGUACAACAAGCAUCUACUGGAGGUCAACAACAGAGGUCUGCAAGAUACGAACGACAGAUUCCUGGCCAACAUCCAGCGGAACGGCACGUUCUCCGUCGUUCCCCGAGUUUCUGGCGGUGAGAUUACUCCAGAAAAGCUCAUCAUUAUCGGUACCGUUGCGAAGAAGUACAAUCUCUACACCAAGAUUACGGGCGGUCAGCGUAUCGAUAUGUUUGGUGCGCGGAAACAAGACCUCCCUGAUAUUUGGCAAGAACUCAUUGAUGGUGGAAUGGAGUCGGGUCACGCAUACGCCAAGUCAUUAAGAACAGUCAAGUCAUGUGUCGGAACCACGUGGUGCCGAUUCGGUAUCGGCGACAGUGUUGGUAUGGCAGUGCGUCUAGAAGAGCGCUACAAGUCCAUCCGUGGGCCUCACAAGAUCAAGGGUGGAGUAUCUGGUUGCGUACGUGAAUGCGCCGAGGCACAGAACAAGGACUUUGGUCUCAUUGCUACUGAGAAGGGUUUCAACAUCUUCGUAGGUGGCAACGGUGGUGCGAAGCCUCGACACUCGGAACUUCUCGCCAAGGACGUCCCACCGGAUGAUGUGGUGCCCAUUCUCGACCGCUACCUGUCUUUCUACAUUCGCACAGCCGACAAGCUUCAACGGACAGCGCGCUGGAUGGAGAACCUACCCGGCGGCAUCAAGUACCUACAGGAGGUCAUCCUCGAAGACAAGCUAGGCAUCUGCGCAGACCUAGAGAAGCAAAUGGAAGACCUUGUUGGUACCUUCUUCUGCGAAUGGACCGAAGUUCUCAAGGAUCCCAAGAAGCGCUCCUGGUUCUCACAAUUCGCAAACACUUCCGAGACCAUCGUUGACACGAUUGAACCCACCCAAGAGCGUGGUCAAGAACGUCCAUCCUACUGGCCUAAAGACUCGAUCACAGAAGACUUCCGUGGCACAAAAUGGACAGAAUUGUCUUGGCAACCCCUCGUCAAGGCCGAAGAGUUCAAAGACGCCGACACGGGUGAUAGUAAGGCCAUAAAGCGCGGCGACACCCAACUCGCUGUCUUCAAGGUCCGUGGCAAGUACUAUUGUACUCAGCAGAUGUGCCCGCACAAGCGUGCUUUCGUCCUCUCCGACGGUCUUAUCGGCGACGAUCUUGCCAACAAUAAACUGUGGGUCAGCUGCCCGUACCAUAAGCGCAACUACGAACUAUCGGGCGACAACGCAGGAAAAUGCGCCAACGAUGAGAGCGUCAACAUCGCUGUUUUCCCUAUUGAGGAGCGCGGUGAUGGGUGGCUGUAUGUCAAGUUGCCUAGUGUAGAGGAGCUGGACAGUGUACUUGGUACAAGUAAGUUCAAGAUCAAGAAGAGCGAGACGGAAGAUCCAUUCGUUGCUCUAGAUAAGAAGUUGCAGAGGCUGCAACUGAAAGGGAGGAAGGGGGUGCAGGUUUCUCAUCUUGAGGGUGGGUUAGGGGAGAAGGCAAAGGCAGCGCAAAUACUCGCUGGUGGAGAGAGGGGCGCUGGAGGCUUAGACUGGUAG